UUUCCAGGAUUCCAAAUGAAAGCUCCGGAUGUCGCAAAGCGAGGACUCGGGCGGAAGCGAGUCCCACAAUCCCACCUCCAACAAUGACCACAUCAUAUGAGCUUCAGAGAGAAAUUCAGGUCUGAUGAUGCUGUUCGGAAGGUUCGCACACCAGUUGCACAACUUUAAGAAACCCCCAAGAUCAUGUGACUGCAGACAGUUCUGGGGAUGGUUGAAUGCCGUGUUCAACAAGGUAGAUCACGAGCGCAUAAAGGCCGUCGGCCCGGACCGGGCAGCUUCGGAGUGGCUGCUGCGAUGUGGAGCCUUGGUGCGGUAUCAUGGCCAGGAAAGAUGGCAGCAGGACUACAACACCCUCCCGACUGGACCUCUAAACAAAUAUAAGAUCCAAGCAAUUGAUGCCACCGAGUCCUGCAUCAUGCACAUAGGAUUCGACUACAUGGAGGGCCUAGUACAUGUUGAACAAAUAAAGCUGUGCAAGUGUCAUUACAUUGAGGACGAGUGUUUGAAGCGGCUCAGUGAGUUUGAGAACUUACAGAAAAGCUUGCUGCGGCUGGAAGUCGUGUCCUGUGGGAAUGUCACAGAUAAAGGCGUCAUGGCCUUGCACCACUUGAGAAACCUUGAGUACUUAUUGUUACGUGAUCUUCCUGGAGUAAAAGAGAAAGAGAGUAUUAUUCAUUCCUUUCAGAAAGCGAUGCCUUCCCUGGAACUCAAAUUGGACUUAAAAUAAAUUAAACGCCAAUAAGAGCCUUA